ACUUUUCCCGCCUUUUCACUUGCUAUACUUAUAUCGCUAUACUAGAACUUAACCAAAAAACACAGAGAAAAGAAAAUGACAGAAAAUUCAACCACAGGUGCAGCAAAUUGUAGUGUGGAGUUUGUGAGAGAAGAAGAGGAGAUAGUGUCGAACAAAAGGAAAAACGAUGAUAUCGAUGUCACAAGGUUUCUCUAUAAUGAUACUCCUUCCGAUGGAUAUUAUCAAGAGAAAACUCCUUCUCCCAAGCCCAAGAGGAUGAUGAAUCUGAAAUCCAAACCUCCUCCGUCUUCAAAAGUGUGGAGUAAUGAAGAUGAGAUUUCCCUACUCAAAGGUAUCAUUAAGUUCAAGGAACAAACAGCUUGUGAAAUCACGCAAUGUAUGACAGAAUUUCGUGCAUUUAUCCUUCCAUCACUUACUCUUCAACCUACGCGUGUUCAAUUGAGAGAGAAAAUAAGACGUCUAAAAAUAAAGUAUGAAAAGACUCUUGCCACAGGAAAUUCUUCUAAUACAGACGUGCACCAACUCGAACUGUUCCAGUUAUGUCACAUAAUUUGGACUCAACCUCCUAACUCUCUACUGCUAAAGGAGAAGCGAGAAGAUGGGCUACAGGUAAAGGAGAAACACAACAAUCCAGAGCUGGAAAAGCAGAAUAUACGGGUAAAUGAGAAGAAGCACAAUAUUCCACAAAAAGGGCAGCCGGAAAAGCAGGAGAGGAAGCACAACAUGCGGCCAAUUCAACAGCAUAAAAUUAUCCCCGAUUCUGGACUGGAUGGGCAAACCAUGGAAGAUUUGUUGAAGCGACUAGCCAAAGAUGUAGAACUUGUUGUAAAUUCAAAGGCAUGUUUGCAAGGAAAUGAUAAUGAAGUUGGUAGAAGAGUGCUUAAUAUUAGCCUAAAAAGUACGAAUUUAGGGAUAAAGUUGGGGACAUUGGUGCUGGAUAAAGCUACUUCGCCUGAGUUGCAAGAUUCUCCGGAGCUAAUGGAACAAGUGGUAUUAAGGGCCUAUCUGGAAGCCAAGAUAGAGCACGCACAACUACUUUUAAAUGCUUAUGAUGGUUUGAUGAAGGAUAAUAGUAAUGAAGCCGAGGCAUCGGUGUCUGCUAUCAAAGACUGAAGCUUAUGGGUUCUGCAUUCUAUAUGAAACUGUCCUUGCAAUUUGCGUCAACAAUGACAUCUAGCUUUUCUGGUUUUCUGCUGGCUAUCUGUAUAUAUUUUUGCAGACUGCAACUAAGAUUGCCUCUUGGAUGGUUUAAAACACUUUUGAUGCUCCUACUUAUCUUGUUUUGGAACUUACAUGGGUUCUAUUAUUUCAUAUAUAUCAAGGCUUGUUUAAAUA